AUGCCUUCUCAUCAGGAAUACCGGUUCGAAGACUCUCCUGGUCUUGAGCAUAGCUGCGGUGUCUGCGGAACACCACUGCACCACCCACGAGCGAGAAAGUCGUGCUUUGGACGGCAUACGAUACCGUGCUUCAAUUUCCACCACACGAUGUUUCGUGUUGGUAGAACAAGCUCCUGCGAGUCCUGUAAGCGAUCAAGAGAGCAGCAUCUAAAACGUCACAAAGAUAUUGCUGAUCUGGUCCGCCAGAUUAAUAAUAAGACUAGAAACGAAAMCCCGCCUCUGCCUCCUGCAGAAGUUGGUGUGGCUGUCCAUGGGUAUCGCGAGCUUACCUUGGAUAGUAGGCGUGAAACCCUAGACAAAGCCCUCUUGAAAGACGUCCAGAACCGGGAGAAGCUGAGCGGGAACCCCGACAAGUUGCCCACAGCCGAGUUCAAGAAUGAAGAGAUUAAAAGGAUUGCCGCUCAGCUUGGCGUCAAUACCAGCCGCCACAAUGCAAGAGAUCUUCGAGGACUGUACACAAAACUGGCCGAGGCUAUCGUCAAGGACAUCGAUACCACGGCGAAUGAGUCGAGGGAAACUAGGAAACGUCAGCUAGGUUACUAUCGAUAUGCGGACAAGAGUGCCUACAACGCCAUCAUGGUGAAUAUCAACCCAGCGGCCGUUAUAGAGAUUACCGACGACGAAGCGGAUGGUAACGAGGAGGAUCCUCAGGAAGAAGAGCAAGAAGCUGCGCCGGUAGUGGAACAACCUCAAGAGCAAGCUGCGGCAAAUCGACCCCCGCGUAGAAUACGACCGACUAUUGAAAUUAUAAACACUGGUCGUCCUGAAAGGACCUUCCGGGAAGGGGGCAUGCAAAUUACAAUCGUCCCAAACACGCCUGUGACAGCACGUCGUCCAGGGCAUCAGGGACAGGCAUCCGCGUAUGACAUCAUGGCCCUCGAAACCCUCAGCACCAUCUCCCCCAUUACCAACAAGCCAGUCCUGACUCGGACCGGAAUCUCGGCAGAAGAGCUCGAACUACUCCCAGAAACCGCUCAAAAAGCAUUCCAAUCGUUCUCGCAGACUACGACCCUAGCUCAACGUCAAGAAAUCGUCGCACGAGCCCUGGGGAUUCUCGCGAAGAAGAAGGAUGAUCUGGGAAGGGAAAUUACCGAGCAGAUGGGCCGGCCCAUCGCUUACACGGGUGCUGAGAUUGCUACUGCUGUAAAGAGAGGAGAGUUUUUAAAUCGUACUAGCAAUUCGGUACUUGGAGAAGAGGGCAUUACUGAGGGUGAGCCGGAGAAAGGAUUUAAACGGUAUAUCAAGAGGAAGCCCGUCGGUGUAGUCUUGGUUAUUUUUGCAUGGAAUUAUCCAUACUUGAUCCUUGUCAACAGUUUGAUUCCCGCCCUCCUCGCCGGAAACGCAGUCAUUUUGAAGCCCUCGCCACAGACGCCUACCGUUGUUGAGCAGGUCGCGUCUGCUUUCCAGGAAGCCGGACUACCGCAGAAUGUCAUACAAUACUUCCAUUCUGGCUCUUUGAUCCAGAUCCAGACACUCAUUCGAUCGCCACUCGUCAACCACAUCUGCUUCACCGGUUCCGUUGCAGGAGGCUUGGCUGUCCAGCAAGCUGCAUCGGAUCGCAUUAUCAACGUUGGCCUAGAACUCGGUGGCAAGGAUCCUGCCUAUGUCCGUGGCGACGUGGACCUUGCCUGGGCUGCUGGAGAGAUUGUUGACGGAGCUAUCUUCAACAGCGGGCAGAGCUGCUGUGCAAUUGAGCGUGUUUACGUACAUGACAGUAUUCACGAUCAGUUCGUGGAGGAGGUUAAGAAAGUCCUCAGCGAGUACCGAGUCGGUGAUCCAUUCGACAAGAACACACAGAUCGGUCCCGUCAUUUCACGCCGAUCUCAGGAAACAUUCAACUCUCAUGUUGCAGAUGCGAUUGCAAAAGGUGCCAAAGAUGAGACACCAGAGAAUGAAACCUUUAAGAGCAUGCCUGCCGAUGGUAACUACGUCAAGCCUACACUUUUGACCGGAGUCACACACGAGAUGCUUGUCAUGACAGACGAGACAUUCGGGCCCAUCAUUCCAGUUAUGCGAGUCAAGAGCGACGACGAGGCUGUCCGGCUCAUGAACGACAGCGAAUUCGGCCUUACCGCCAGUGUGUGGACCAAGGAUGUUGCAACAGCGGAGCAGCUUAUUGAUAGGAUUGAAGCCGGCACGGUGUUUAUCAACAGGGCCGAUUAUCCUAGUCCGGACCUAGCUUGGACAGGCUGGAAGAACUCUGGACGCGGGGUGACUUUGAGUAAAUUUGGGUUUGAUCAGUUUGUGAAGCUGAAGAGUUACCAUGUCAAAGAUUAUCCGAAAUAA